AUCAAUAUAACAACGGUGGUACCCGGGCGCGCACGUCUUCUUCCCACCAUCAUAGAUCGUACUUCUUUUUUCGUAGUAACUACUGAAAAAAAAGUAACCACCCGAAUUUCAGCAUAUUCCACAAUCGAAGAUGCGAAAUCCCACUUCAGUUCAUCUCCAUUUCCCUCUCUUCUGUCGCCCCAUUUCUGUCGAGAAGAUUUAGACGGAAAUCGCCAUCAUGAAAUGGAUAUACAUUGCUCAUUUUUUGCUGUUAAUUAGGUUGAUUGUGGCCGAUCAUCGACGAAUCCCCACCACCCUUGAUGGGCCAUUUCUGCCAGUUACUCGUCGAUUUGAUCCGUCUUUGAGGCGUGGAAGCGAUGAUUUGCCCUUGGAUCAUCCCAGGCUACGGAAGAAUGUUUCAUCUAACUUCCCUGAACAGAUAGCGCUUGCGAUUUCCACUCCGAGCUCCAUGUGGGUCUCUUGGGUUACGGGGGAUGCUCAGAUUGGCAAAAAUGUGACUGCGCUGGAUCCCUCGUCUAUUGCCAGUGAGGUUUGGUAUGGAAAAGAAAGUGAAAAGUACACGAGUGUGAGAAGAGGGCUUUCGACUGUUUACAGUCAGCUAUAUCCAUUUGAAGGGCUGCUUAAUUACACUUCUGGCAUCGUUCAUCAUGUCAGAAUCGACGGCCUCGACCCCGAAACCAAGUAUUAUUACCGGUGUGGAGAUAGCUCUAUUUCAGCUUUGAGUAAAGAGCACGUCUUCAAGACUUUACCGGUGCCGAGCAAGAGUUCAUAUCCUCAUAGAAUAGCCAUUGUUGGAGACUUGGGACUUACAAGCAAUUCAACAACAACAGUUGAUCAUAUGGUUAAGAAUGAUCCUUCUCUGAUCUUGAUGCUCGGAGAUUUAACUUAUGCGAACCAAUACCGCACAACGGGUGGCAAAGGAGCUUCAUGCUUUUCAUGUGCAUUUCCAGAUGCUCCCAUCAGAGAGACAUAUCAACCCCGUUGGGAUGGGUGGGGCAGGUUUAUGGAGCCACUGACAUCACGAGUUCCAAUGAUGGUUAUUGAGGGUAACCAUGAGAUUGAGCCCCAAAUUUCCGGGAUCACUUUUGAAUCAUAUUUGACAAGAUUUGCAGUGCCCUCUGCUGAGAGUGGCUCGAAUAGUAGCUUCUACUAUUCAUUCAAUGCUGGUGGAGUUCAUUUUCUUAUGUUGGGAGCAUAUGUUGAUUACAACGCUACUGGUGCUCAGUAUGCUUGGCUGAAAGAAGAUCUGAGUAAAGUGGAUCGUAGCCUGACCCCUUGGUUAGUAGCUGCCUGGCAUCCUCCAUGGUACAAUAGCUAUGCUUCUCAUUACCAGGAAUUUGAAUGCAUGCGCCAAGAAAUGGAACACCUUCUUUACGAGCAUCAUGUCGAUAUCGUUUUUUCUGGUCAUGUACAUGCCUACGAGCGCAUGAACCGAGUGUUCGACUAUACGCUGGACCCUUGUGGGCCAGUUUACAUAACAGUUGGAGAUGGUGGAAACAUUGAGAAGGUUGAUGUGGACCAUGCUGAUGACCCUGGAAAAUGUCCUUCAGCUGGUGAUAACAUUCCUGAAAUUGGAGGUGUUUGUCGUUUGAACUAUUCUUCAGGUCCAGCAGAAGGGAAGUUUUGUUGGAACACUCAACCUGAGUGGAGUGCAUUUAGAGAAAGCAGCUUUGGUCAUGGAACGCUUGAGGUAACAAAUUCAACGCAUGCUUUGUGGACUUGGCACCGGAAUCAAGAUAUGUAUAAGGACGAUAGCCAUGGAGAUCAAAUAUACAUCGUUCGACAACCCGGGGCGUGCUCUCCAACUGCCAAGGUUGCUUCUGUCUCAAUACUCUCUUGACUUGUUAAUGUUUAUAGGUCCUUUUAAGCUUCCUUGCUCUAGAACUUAUAAUCAAACCUUAUCGAUAAAUGUUUAAGGUUCGAUACGUUAGUAACUACCAUGGGUUAGCCUUAUAGCAUUAGCAUGUAAGAAGACUUUGAGGGAACGUGUUCAAAGCUCGUAGUGACUUAACUAGGAUAUGAACGUUCUAUGAAUUUUGAGACAUAGUGCGCGUAAACUAGCUCAAAUACGAUAUAAAAACAAUCAAAGAAUGCCUGCAUGUA